GGCAGACACGUAACCAACUGAGCCACCCAGGAACCCUCAAUUCACUUUUAAUUAGGCAUACAUAAAUAUCCAUAUAUAUUUUUAAAAGCACACAUAAUCAAAUACAUUAUUGCUCAAUUAUUAGUUUGAAUGAAUUGUUGCUUAUUAGAUUAAAAAUAAGGAAAAGUUUUUAAUUUACAUUCACUUAGUCCCUCUCUGAUGCUUUUGCUUUAUGUUGACCUGAGUUUCUGUUCUGUAUUCUUUUACUUUUUUCUGAAGAAUGUGUUUUAACAUUUCUUGCAAAGCAUGUUGACUGGCAGGCAAAUACCCUCAAGUUUUGUUUCUCUGAGAAAGUCUUAUUUCUCUUUCACCUUGGAAGGAUAAUUUUACAGAGUACAGAGUUUUAUGUUAAUUUUUUUUUCUUUCAAACUGCAAGUAUUUCAUUCCACUCUUUUUUUCUUUUUUUUGCUUGCGUGAUUUCUGAGGAGAAGUUGUAUAGAAGACUUAUCUUUGUUCCUGUAUAGAAUUCAAGAUGUGAGCAUGCAGUUAAAAAGUCAACAAAAUGAAUUUCAGAGAAUACAGAAAGAAUUGAAUCAUUUGCAACAUGAAUUAAAAAUUAAGCAGAGACAAUCACAAGUAUUCAGUCAAAGAUUGGUGGAGUACAAAUAUUUCUGGAAUAAGACUCUUUCAUUACUUACUUUUACUAAAAGGGAGCUAACCAGUAUUAAAAAUGAAGUAUAUGAUAAUUUUCAAAACUGGACUUCACUGAAAGGAGAAGUUUUUCUACAAAUUAAAUCCAUAAGUGAAACAGCCUUUACAGAAAUAGAGAUACUAAAGAAAAGUUUGACAGUGUCCCAGAGAAAAAAGAUAUGCCUUGAAGAGGAAAUGAAAAAUCUGAAAUUAUUGUCAGAUGCAGCCACAUUGAGGUCUCAGCAGAUUCAGACAUCCAAACAACAGGAAGUAAACUUGCAAACCAGAUGCCAUGACUUGCAAAAAGAAGUACUAGAUUUACAAGGUCAAGUAGAGGCCCUUGGGCUAAACCUUCAGAAGGCAGUGACCAAGAUUGACAACUAUAAAGAAAAGCUCAUGAAUAAAUCUAAUGAAGCUGCUGACUGUCAAAGAGAACUUAGAAAACUGAAGUUUGAAUCCAUUAUUUCUGAAUCACGGCAUACCAGAUUGCUUAAAGAGAAAGAGGAUUCUUUAAUGGCUUGUCAACAAAUAUAUAAAACUUUACAGGAAGAACUGACUGCAAAAGAAAGACAAGAAGAAGACAUGAAAAAAAGAAUUAACCUUGCAGAAAAUGAACUACAGAUAACCAAAACUCUUCUGACUCAGACAAAGGAAGAAGUUGUAACACUGAAAAAUGAAAGGGAACUAAUGCUGAUUUCACAUCAGAAAAGCAUUGAACAGCUGCAGGAAACCCUUAGACAGAAGCUGCUGAAUGAUGAUAACUGGAGAGAGAAGAUUGAAUCUGAGCUGGCCAAGGAAAGAGCCCGACACUUAGUUGAAUUUGAAGAGCAAGCUCUGCUUUUUAAGGAAGAAGCUAAACUGGAACUUGAUAUUGAAAAGGAAAAACACCAAGAAAUAAUCCAAAAGUAUAAGAAAGAACAAGAGGAACUACAAACAAAGAUAUCAGACUUAAUCACAGGUGCUACCAGAGAGCUAAGGCUGGAAGUGGCCACCCUUGAAGAAAAACUCCGUGAAUCUUGUAUCCGCUACACUGAAGAUUCUGAGUCAAAGGAGAAAGAAAUCAAAAACCUGAAAAAUGUGGUUGCAGAAUUUGAAUCCCGCUUGAAGAAGGAAAUUGCUAGUAAUGAUUCUGUUUCGGAGGACUUGAGGAAGGAAAUGCAGCAGAAGUCAGAUGAGCUAGAAAGAGUAAUGCUGGCACAAACACAACUGAUACAGCAGUUUAAUGAGGCCCAGGAACAGAACACUUUUCUUCAGGAAACAGUGAGGAGGGAGUGCGAAGAACGCUUUGAACUGACAGAGGCGUUGAGUCAAGCCAGAGAACAGCUCCUGGAGUUCAGAAAACUCAGUGGAAGUUCACCUCUAUCACUGUGUUCCCUUAGCCAGGGCAGCCUAACCUCCUCUCCUGCAGUGUUCAGUAAUCAGGGAGAGAGGAGCCUUACAAGACUGAACUCUGGAAAAGGAAUCAAAAUACCCAGCCUGCACAGAGUGUCAAAACCCGCCGCUUCCCCAACCUCGCCUCAGUCCAAGAGGCUUAGCAGCUCAGGUUUGCCCACUGUCCCCCAACCCCAUCCUCCUCCCAGGGGUCCAGCAUCUUCAGUAAACGAGACCAGACAAAGGCUGGCCACCAUUCUGCGGAGGAGACUGAAUCAGCAGGGAUCAGUCCAGUCAGGGGCAGCUCCCCCCCGCACACCCGGUCUUCCCCAGUGGGCCAGAGAUGCACAGUGACUGAGGAUGACAAAGGUCAAAUUAUUCUCGCAGAUCAAGAAUGCAUGUUUAUAGAUGUUUUUAAUAAGAUAAUUGGUAAAACUAGGAAUUGUGAAGCCACAUUUUCUAAGAGACCUUUGAUGUUGCCACAGAUAAUGAUGUUGUUGAUAUUCCAGAGGGCCAUUGUCCAUAUUUCUAUAUUGCAUCUUUAGGUGUGGUCUAUGAAUAUACCCUUUUAGAGAUCA